AUACGCCUCAUCCCCCGUCGGAUAAGUCACAGUGAAGCGAAUUGGUGAGAUUAACCCAAAUAGCCUCGGUCGGUCGGGGAAAACGCUCCGUGUCCGUCGUGUGUAAUAUGCGUUAAGGCGCGGACAGGCGACGCCAUGGACUUCUACAUCAAUCUGAAGGUGAAUUUCAGGGGAAAUUCCAAAAAUUUCCUCCUGUCGGGAUCCGAGACCAAGAGCUGGGAGUCGAUGGAGGCCAUGGUGAAGCGCUCCUUUGGCCUGUGCAGUCUCCAGCUGACCUAUUUUGAUGAGGAGAACGAGGAGGUGUCUAUUAACAGCCAAGUGGAGUAUGAGGAGGCAUUAAAGAGUGCAGCAAGGCAGGGGAACCGACUGCACAUGAACGUGUACGAGACUCGGGGUCAGCCAGCAAGGGUCCCCACCACUAAAGCCAGCGGAACAGAGCCCAAGAGGGGCUUCAGACCUCCACAGCACUGCCCCGCUCUGGCCCAGGUGGUCAGCCGGAAAGUCCAGGCUGCGGUGCCAGAACAGGGCAUGGUGAUCCUAAAAGAAGUGAAGGGAACCAAAGAAGAAGACAAGACUCCUCCCGCCUGGUUCACCUCUUACAUGGAGAAGUUUAAGGACCAGGUGGUUCGCGAGGCGGUGGAGAAGAUCUGCCGGGAGUUCUCUGGACAGUGCUGCAUCCACAAGCCCCUGGGAGGAGCAGGAGGAGGAGCAGCAGGAGGAGGAGGAGGGGGAGGCAGAGGGGAGGCAGCAGCAGUAGGAGGAGCGGAGGCCCAGCAGGUCCCGGAGGUUUCCUCCUCCACCCUGCCUGGAGCUCCAUCCUGCUCCACUCCUCCCUGCUCCUCCUGCAGGGGGCAAACCACCGGAGGAGGCUACCAGUGCAGUGUGUGUACCUCCUGUACUCUGUGCGAACCCUGCAGUUUCUCACACGAUCCCAGUCACAACCUGGUGAGAGCCAGGACUCCUCUGUCCAUCCCAGAGCACGGAUCGCCCGCCCCAGACCACAGCAGGUUCUACAGGCGAGGGGACCGCAGUUUCCGGAAGGCGGAGAAGCAGCGGCUGAAAGCAGAGAAGCGCCUGCUGAAGGCAGAGGUCAAAGAGAUCCGGAAACAGCUGAGGAUGGAGAGGCGGGGCAUACAGUGGAGCUCCUCCCACAGAGAUGGAAGCUCCUCCCCUGUCCUUCUGCAGCCUAGAGCCACCCAGCACAGCAGCCCUGAGCGUCCAAAACGUCCUUGUCCCCUGGUGGUUCCAGCCAUGACAGCUGCAUUUCUGGAUGAGAACCUUCCUGAUGGAACCCGACUCCGUCCGGGGACCAAGUUUAUCAAGUACUGGAAGAUGAGGAACACUGGAACAAUCAGCUGGAGUGCUGAUACUAAGCUGAAGUUCAUGUGGGGAAACCUGGCGGUGGGAUCUGGGGACCGUUGGAGAGAAGUGUCUGUUCCCUUCCUCCAGCCAGGACAGGUUGGUAUAGUGAGCGUAGCGCUGUGUGCUCCCACUGUGGAGGGCUCCUACACCUCCCACUGGCGUCUAGCCCACGCCGGAGAGCAGUUUGGACCCAGGGUCUGGUGCAGCAUUGUGGUCGAUCCUCUGGCCCCAGCACCAAUGAUGGCUGAUGGGAUACUAGUGUCACCCUGUGUCACACCGCAGGGUAAGAACCCAGUGGCAAAGGAUGGAAAAGCCUGUGCAACUUCUAGGGAGCAACCAUUAAUGUCAGUGGACCAAGAAGAAUACUACAUCCCCUCUGUGGACCUGCUCACUGCACAGGAUCUCCUGUCCUUUGAGCUGUUGGACAUCAACAUCGUCCAAGAGUUGGAGAGUGUCCCAAACAACACCCCUGCUGACAUGACCCCGUGCAUGUCCCCUCUGCCUCAAGAUGGCCACCUGCAGGACAAGAGCAGUCCCUCUUUGGGUCUCAUCCAGGAAGAGACUGAGGUUAUCAACAGCAUCAUGGAUGUCCCUCAUGGGGCGGGGUCAGGAGCAGAAGGGGGCGGAGUCCCGGCUCAGGAAGAAGGGGAGGAUGACAUCAGCGGGACUCAGUUUGUUUGCGAGACUGUGAUUCGCUCAAUGACCCUGGAGGAGGCCCCUGACCACACCCCUCUGAGAGGGUCCCGUCCAGGGACAGGUAAAGUGGUGCGUCCGGCUGCUCAGGGCGGCUCCUCCUCCUCCUCUUCCUCCUCCUCCUCCUCCUGUGUGAAGAGUAAAACAGUGAACAUAGAGGAGAGCCCAGACAGCAGCCCUAGCAGCUCUAAAAACUCCCUGAAACCACCGGCUACCCUGAAAGCUUCACUCCCUCCCCCGCUGAAAGCCUCCCUGCCUGCUCCCCUGUCUGUGGCCCCGAUCGCCGGGCCCGGCCCCAGCUCAGCACCGACCCCACUUCACGCUCCACCCAGGGCCUCCACGCUGCAGGAGCACACAACCACAGAUGAAAGUGAGGAGUCCAACAUGGAGAGAGAGAAGAAGCCAGAGGAGGACAAGGAGAAAGAGGGAGAGGAGAAGAGAGAAGGGGUGAGGAGUCGCUCCUCCUCCACCUCCUCUGAGGAUUACAUCAUCAUCCUCCCUGACUGCUUUGACACCAGUCGGCCACUGGGGGAGUCCAUGUACAGCUCUGCUCUGUCCCAGCCUGGAGACAUCCCAGCGAAGACCCCCACAGACCCAGAAACACCAUCUCUUGACCACUCAGGCAGUUCCACCCCAGAGGGGGAGCUGGGCGAGGCAGAUGAAGCCGCGGCAGCUCCAGAGACGGGGGUGUCAGGUACCAGCAGCGCCAACGACAUGCUGUGUACGUCUCAGACACUUGACGAUGAGCCGCUGACACCUGAAGUGGUGGCACCGCCCACAGCCGUCAUCACACCCAGUCCAGAGAGCAGUGGAGAAACAGAUGUUGACCCUGCUGCUGCCGGGGAAGGAGCAGACGGCUCUGAACUGUACCAAACUGAGGAUGCCUCUGGUCCUGAACCAACUCAGACAGAUGAGACCGAAGCUACUGAAGACACUGAGGACAACCCUGAUGACCCCAGGCACCCAGGCAUCACCAGCGGCCUGAUGAAAGGAGCUCUGUCAGUAGCUGCUUCUGCCUACAAAGCCCUGUUCACUGGACAAGGCCCCACACAGCCUCCUGUGGACGCGUCCACCCAGGACACCAUGAUGGCCGUGCUGGUGGAGAUGGGUUUCGGGGACCGGCCACUGAACCAGCGGCUGCUGAACAAAUACAACUACAAUCUGCUGGAUGUGGUCAACGAGCUCGUACAGAUGACCGACAAUGACUGGUACUCAACACGCUACUGACGGGAGAGAGAGGAAGAAGUGAAGGAAGACGGGAAAAAGGAGAGAGAAGGAGAUGAAACACAAGAAGAUAUGGCUAAAGAAAGAAGAGGAGGACAGCCUGAAAGAGAUAAAUUAAUUUCUGCUCAUCUGCCUUUUUACCUUCCUCCCUCUGCACUCUGAUUGGUCCAGUAGGAUGGAAAUGAAUCUUCUCUUUGACCAUAUAAGGAGACAUUCCAUCAAACUCUCUGGGACUAGACUAUCGAACACCCACUGUCUGUAGUAUUACUUUCAGCUUAGGCCUUGAUCUUGCAUAAGAAGUUAAGAGAGAUUAAGAAAGACACGUGUUCCUAAACGAGCUAUGUGUAGCAUUUAGCAUUUCCCAAUAUUAAGACCACAUAUCCCAUGAGCCCCACUGCAGCCUGCAAAGAGGGUAUUGCUACAUUUGUUUUGAAAGGUAAGGAGAUAUAUAAAAGUAACCGCAAAUACAUUUUUAAUGUGACACAGUAUGUCAGUGUGAAGUUGUGUUCCCUUCAAAUACUAAAAAGUUCCACUUCCACGCUGUAAUCUAACAGAUUUUACAGUGAAUGUCAGUUGCAGCUUAGUAGCUAGCAGAUGUACCCACAUCAAAAUAGGUUUUUGACUUCUUAGCGUUGAAAUGCUACACAUAGCACCCUCUUGCUUUGCCCUUUAGCGGGACAGUGCUGAAGUACAAAGCAGAUAGUUAUAGAAGAUAAUAUCAAGUAUCUACAUCUGCACUGAAAACAGUAGUGAGGAGAUCCACUUCACAGGUCACUGUGGUACCGAACCAUUUAAUCAGACCGUGUGUUCACAUGCUAGUCACAGACUGAAAAUCCUCAAUGAAUUUAUGGUGUGCUUUUGCCAAUCACCUACCGGCUCAGAGCACUGAUAUACUUGCUUUUAACUCCAUGUUUGUGUGAGCGUGAUGGUUCCUUUGGAGCGUCAUGAGCAGGCUGGUCAGAGUCAUAAUGAACAAACAACAGAAGUGAAUAGAGCUUGUUGUUGCUUUUUCUUUCAUCAUGUCAACACUCAGUAAAUAUAUAUAGUGUUGCUAUGUUAGGUUAUGUUUACACUGUGCAAAAUCCAAAUUUUGAAUGAAGAUUUUCCAGUUUUGGCCAAGGAGAAAUUGGACCUAAUCUGCUAUAGAGUUCUGCCAGUCUGAAUCAGGUAAUAAAUAGCCUGGGUGGCCGAACUGUAGACCCACUUAAGACAGGGUUUGAGUCAUUUGUUACAGAAAGCUUCGGAUUGGUUCAUUAAAAUUAUUUUCAAAUGUAAUUCAUUAAAGGUAUUCUAGGUAGGAUUUUCCUAAGAAAAUAAAAAUCCCUCUCAAUCAUCACUGACCCACUAGAAUUGUGUGGUGGUGUCUGUAUCUGCAGAGACCCUGCAGCCCUCUGCCUGUUGCUCGGUGUUUCUGGGUGUCAACCUUUUGGAAAUGCACAGGGUCUGAAGUCGGGACUCUAUAAAAGGCACAGCAGACAGUGCAGCUUCUGCACAAAACCCAGCAGUAGACACCUUCUGCAGGAUUGUGCGAAAGGUGCUUUAGAAUGUAACCGCUGUAGUACUUAUACCCCAUGAGUCAAAAGUCUCAUGGGGUAUUGUGUUAUUAUAUGAAUUGUUGCCGACCAAUGAGCAGGACUGUCCUGAGACAAUAUUAGGUGUUUUGUGUGAAUUAUUAUUAUUUAUUAUUAUGAAUGAAUGUGAUCCUAAGUUGUAAGAAAAUACCUUAAUUUCUCACGUUUUUAUGUCACUGGAUUAGCUAAAAGCAGACAUUCCCAUUCCAUCAUUACCAUAAUUGAUCUUUUAACAGUUUCUAAAUAGAUACUGGAAAAUCCACUUUCUCAUGUUACAUAUUAAUAUGGUGAUGUAGAAUUACAUGCACUCCUGUUCAAAGUGGGAAAAAUUAUGCUUGUUUUGGAGCCACUUGUCUACACAUUAAUUUUGGUAAAAGCAAGUAUGUCAUGAACCUUACAGCUUGAUACCAAGUGAUUAUCUGCACUCAUUGAGGUUCAAGUAUCUUGAAACAUGGCAUGACUGCAUUAUUAUUAUGGUUAUUGUUUUAUAACUUAUGUCCAUAUCACUGGAGCAUUUACAGCGUUUCCACACACCGCUGUCUGAUAAACUGCUGUAGAUGAGUAGAUAGCUACUGACAGCAGAAAAACAUUCCCGUAUAAACUUUGGAGAUAGUGUUUGCACUUAAAGCUUACAGGACACAGGGACCAUUCCUUCAACAUGUACUUUUUUAAAAAUACAGACUCUUUCUUCUUUCACACAUGGUUGUCCUGACUUUCAGACAUCUUCUCACAUGUUAGCUGGCUUUCACAAUAAAGAUUCUCUGUGUUCCCUCAACUUCCUGGUCAGAAUAAAGGUCUCAGUAUGCUUCAAUCGACCUAGUGCGUAGUAGUCUGUUACAAAGACUGUUGGACUCUGGUUCUGCCAUUAGAAAGAUGUUAGACACAUUUUAAUUGCUUCCAUCAUAUCUGGUUCAUUUUAAACAAACUAGUGUAAUUGCCUUGUUAGAUUUUCUUUUUUAUGGCCGGUGCGAAGUUAGAUGGCAACGAACUCUCGAGCCCCCUGGUGGCUGGCUGCAGUAUGGGUCAUGUUAACAGAUGGGACAUGGGUGUGUCAUCCAUCCUUAAAUACAGUCUAUAGUCUCAGUCUGGUUCUAGGCCAACUCUGGUGCGGUUUACACAUUACCAUGUGUAGGUUUAUGCAAAUCAUUUGGUAACUGGUAACGCAUGUACUUCAGCAUGUAAGUUUAGGGGUUUUCUGUGAUACAUCAGACAAUGAAAAUACGUUAAACUGGUGUUCUUAGGGAUCAUCUUAUUCAGUUUCCUUUGGGAGUUCCUCAUUAAGGAUCUAGCAACCUCAGAUGAUCCAAUAAACUCUUUGUUUGAAGCAUACUGAGGACUUAAGGAGAAAAUUAAGACUUUCCUAACAUUUUGAUCAGUCAUUCUCACCACACGUGACACAGAUCUCUGUAUUUAGUUGAAUUAGCUGGGAAAAUUUAAGGAUUUCAAAUUGGAUUUCGCCAAGUUGAGUUGAAUCCCUUCAGCAAAGCUCGUAUGUGUUCAUAUCAUUUUGUUCUCCUGUUAUCUGUUUUGUGCUUCUUCAAAGUGGUCAGGUAUGGGGAUACUCCUGAAGGAUGUGUAAGAGUAUGUACAUUAACAGUGAGGUCAUUCCAAACUUAAACUGGAAAAAAACAGUGUGUAACAAUGUGAAAAUGUGUUUUAUUCCUUUCACAAAUGUAUGAAUAUAUACAGAACCUCCUAGUUGGAAGCAAUGACUAUCAGUUGACCUCAUUAGUUGAAGUUAAGAUUGUUUGAAGGUGUUUUUGCUUUGAAUGCUUGAAGGCUGUUUGGAAAUGUAAAAAAAAUAGAGCUGUGGGUGUUGUAUUUUUAGGCUUAUUGUGUGGUGGUUAAAUUCGCUCUGCUGUAUGUGUGUGCUAGUGUUUUUCUUUGUAAAAAAAAAAAUAAUAAAUUACCAGAUUGGUUGAAGACUUAAAGGACUGAGGGUUAGAGUCAAAGAAAUGAUUUAAUAAAACAGCACUUGUAGGAUUAUGAUUUGUUUUGUGCAUACAAUACAUAAAUCCGUGGUCCAAAAAAACCUUAAGCACAGAGAUGCUAAUUCUUUAUUUUAUUUAUUUAGUUAAUUUUGACAAAGCUGCAAAGUCAAAUAAAAUUAAAAAGAAUAGUUUUGGAAAACAUACCCAUUCGUUUUCUUGCCAAAAUUUAGAUGAGAAGAUUGAUACCACUCACUAUUUGUACACUAAAUAUGAAAUUACCACAGCUGUUAGCUUAGUUUACCUUAAAGUUUGGAAACCAGGGGAAACGGGUAUCCCAGCUCUGCUUUACACUUCGGUUUUUGUAAUGAUUAAACAAACAAUAAAAUGUGUUUAUUAUUGACCUUUAGAGGUGCUGGUAGGUGUAUUAUUAAACUUUGGACAGACCCAGGCUGCCUUUUUCCCCAUCUUCAUUUUUUGUGCUAAGCUAAGCUAACUGGCUGUGGCUUUAUGUUUACUGCACAAAAGAGUGAAUAUUUCCCAUAAUGUUGGUGCUAUUCCUUUAAGGUUUAGACAUCAGACGUUAGCUUUGAUACGGAGUGAUUUCCAUCUUCGCAGCUCAGCCAAAACCCAAAUAUUCAAACUCCUGUUAAACUUGACCCAGUGGAGUUAUGUGGAUAUUUGUUGAAGAUUUUAAUGGAAUAUUUUACACUUGGCAGCACUUAUUUUACAAAACCAAAGUUCUCCGAAAUCAGACACAGCAUUAAAGUGUUAAGCUGCCAUAGAUAAUACAAGUGCAGUUUUAUACAAAGAGAUCACAACAGCCAAUGUUAUUUACAGGGUAAUAAAUAAUAAUGUUAAGGGACUGAAUUGCCAGCAAAAUUGUGAUAAAUGGUGUAGGAAUAUUUAAUAUGUUUAAGUUUUUGAAAAGGAAAUGGGGAAAUUUGACAAUGAAACAUACAUUUGUUUAUGUUCUUUAUGUAUUUUAUUUUUGGAGGUGUGCUUUGAGUUCAUCUCCAGCUACAUGUACACAGUUCUUGGGCUUCAUGUCAUGUAUUCCAGGGUUUCUUCCACAUUUACAUCGCAUUUACUCAGCUGAAUCUUACCACAGUCCCUUUAAAGACAUCAAGUGUUCUGAAUCCUGCCCCCCCCAGGUAAUUAUUGAAACCCUGCUGCACAUGUCUAAUAAGUCCUGCGUGAUGAAAUAGAUCCUGGCUGAAAUGUGCACUAGAUGAAGGUGAAGAGUUUCACAUACUGUACUGUAUGUUAUUUUGCUUUAAAUUAACGUGUAAUGUGUUCCACAAGGGAAAUAUUUUCAUAUUGGGUUGUGAAUACAAGUCUACAACUAUUUAAGGAGGAAGAGAAAAGCUGGAUUGUUUGAGCUUUUUUUUUCUGUGUUGCACUUUAUGAACAUGGUUAUGAUGUACAAAUCAAUCUGUCUCCAAUUAAAGUCAUUACACUCA